UCAUGCAUAUCACGGAGGGUUCUAGUUGAUAGGAAGCUGCUGGAGCAGGAAGCAUUGAUGAUGGAUUGGGAGCCGGGAUGGGCUUGGGCGUAGGUGGACUGGCGAUGGGUGGUGUUACGGCGUUGGCGCAGGCGUCGGCGCGUACGCGAUUCGUGCCGUCGAUGAUGGAAUGGCAAACGGAUUACUGGGAGCUUCGCAUGCAGGCGUUGGUGGUGCGGAUAUCAAUCCACUCGAUUAUACCAACAGCGCGGAGAUGAACCCGCUGAGCUUCGCAAGACCCCGGGAUGCCCCGUUUGCGUGCGGGCAUACUGCGCGCGACUUUGCGGAAGUGAGGCAGCUGCGCGGGCUGAGAAGCAGAGGCAUAGGUGGCGGUCUUGGUGUCGGAGCGGGAGUAGGGAGAGGCGCUGCGGCUGUCGGCAUGCUGGCGUCAUCUGUGGGGACGUCUAUUCCUGGAGCUGGAGGCGCAUGUAUUGGCCCAGAUUCGGCGGGCGUAUUGGGCAGCACAGCGGGGGGUAUGAGGUAUCGAUGCGAGGAUGCCGGUUGCUGGACCGCUGUGAGAUAUUGGCACACAUAACGGAGAAGGCGUCGACAUACGAGGUCGCGGAGCAUUGGUGUCAGGUUCUUCGGAUUCUGAGCGCAAACGUUUGGAUAUGGACGUUUAGAACUUCAAAGCUUCAAGCUCCAAUGCAGACCCACCCCAUGCCUGCCACUGACGGUCUACUUGCCUACAUAC